UCCGAAGUUCAUUUUUCGUAAGAGAUGUUUUACGUUAGCCUACGAUUUAUAAUAGUGUUACGUUUAAAUAACAAAUAAGUUUAAUAAGUAUCAUCAAUAUGUGUUGCUGCAGGCUUGUAUUCAAAUAAAAUAUAUGCAUUAAAACCAGUCAAGACCUUUUGCAAAUAUGUAUAUAUUAUAUGCAUGAAAAAAGUCUUAAGCAUUUCUUUUCCUGACAAACAAAGUGGUUGCGUGGAUGAAAUAUGGAUUUACUGUGUACGGAGAGCAUAGCUACGCAUCCCAAACACUUGUUAAUUAGAUAUAAAAAGGAAACGCCGAUUACAAAUCCGUACUACAUAGGAAGUACCUUACCCUGCUCGCCAUCACCCUCGUCAACGGCAGCAAAUAUUAGAGGCGGCAGCCGUGAGAUACUAUGCUCUGUAACCGGGCCUAUUGUUUGCAAAAUGAAUAAAGUGGUGUAUGUAUUUACCUCAGUUGCAUCGCCGGUUGGUGCAACAAAAUCGACAAAACAUAUACAGCAGAGCCAGCCAGUCAACUAUCAAUCACCACAACAGCACUGUAGACACACUUUCAACCUGACUCCUUGCGCACCAGCAGCGUCAAAUCCAACAGAAGGGGCAACCACAGCCGAUAAACAUUUUGAGUAUGGAAAUGCACAUAUGGUCGUAACAGAUCCCAUUUUCAAAUCGGAUCGCUGUUUAGAAAACGCGUUAAAAUCGGAAGAAAAGCAUCAGCACAUUAUCGAAACAUAUUUCAAAACUGUACAGAAGGAUAUUACCCCGCCAAUGCGCAAAAUUGUUGCGGAAUGGAUGAUGGAGGUGUGUGCUGAAGAGAAAUGUCAAGAGGAAGUCGUCUUGUUAGCACUAAACUAUAUGGAUCGGUUCCUGUCAACGAAAUCUGUGCGAAAAACUCACCUACAAAUAUUAGCCGCCGCCUGCUUAUUACUUGCUUCCAAGCUACGUGAGCCCAGCUGUCGCGCGCUAUCGGCAGAGCUUCUGGUCUUAUACACGGAUAACAGCAUUUAUAAAGAUGAUUUAAUAAAAUGGGAGCUUUAUGUGUUGAGCCGUCUAGGAUGGGAUCUUUCAUCGGUGACGCCAUUAGAUUUCCUGGAGCUUUUGAUUAUACGUCUGCCUAUCAGCUGCAAACACUUUUCCGACUUGAACAUCGAUAAAGUGCGCCAGCAUGCUCAAGCAUUCAUAUCUUUAGCGGCAAAAGAACAUAGGUUUUCUAAGUAUACAUCGAGCACUAUUGCGGCAUCGAGCAUUGCCGCAUCAAUAAGUGGACUUAAUUGGCAUUUGGGUACCGGACAUAAUAUACACUUUCUUUUGAGCCUUCUUACGGAUCUAACAAGCGUGGGGCAGGAUCAACUGCAGCAGUGCAUGAUAUUAAUGGAAGCUAUAUUUGAAGAGCACAGUCGCAAGCUACAACCGAGAGAGAAAUCGGAAUUAUUAAAUGGAUAUUAUAAUCGUCGAUACUAGCAUGAACUAGCAUGUAUCACCAACGCCAUCACCUAUUGUGUCCGCUAUGCCCAACCUCUCUCAGACGUGCAAAAUGCAGGCACAAUCGCAAAAGGAGUUACAUGAAAUAAAGUCUCUUAAAUUAUGGCAACGUCUGGAAAAUGCGCAACACCCCCAAUAUUUAAGAUAUGUUUUUCUAUACUCUGGCCUGUCAUGGAAUUCCGCCGACUGGACCAGCUUCAACUCGUAACUGCUUAUUAGCUCUUAAGAUAAAGAACACCGCCAAAAUAUACUAAAUACACUAGUAUGGCAACAGAAGUCUUAUUAAGUUAUUGUUUUAGUCGCAUUUUCAUGGAACUCAUUUGUCUAAAAUUAUUAUUUGUUAUUCUAUGAGUUCGUUUAAUUUUAUAAUUUGGCUAACGAAACGGCGCAUAUUUUUUAAUCAUAUUACGUAUUCUAGCAUUAUUUUUAUUUUGUACAUACAUAUGUAAACAUAAAUCAGCAAAAAAAUCGUAUGCAAUGAAAUACAUAGGAAACUUUAA